AUGGCGAAGACUGAGGUGUUGGUCGCCGUGGUCGCCAUGGCAGCUCUGGCGCAGCUCGCCGCCGCGGUGGUGCACCCAGUGGGCGGCAAUGGCGCCUGGGACACCACCGGCAACUACAACGCCUGGUCCGCCUCCCAGAAGUUCUCCCAGGGCGACUCUAUCUUGUUCACCUACCCCCCCUCGCACGACGUCCUCGAGGUCAGCAAGGCCGACUACGACGCCUGCUCGCCCGCCAACGCUGUCGCCUCCUACACCGGCGGCAGCAGCACCAUCAAGCUCGCCGCCCCAGGCAAGCGCUACUUCAUCUGCGGCCUGCCCGGCCACUGCGCCGCCGGCAUGAAGCUCGAGGUCACCGUCGACGCCGCCACCAAGCCCAGGCACAAGAAGGCCGUCGCUCCGGCCACCGCCCCGUCAAUGCCUCCCGCUGCAUCCUCGCCCAACGGUGAGAUGCCCGCAGUGUCCUCGCCCACCGGGGCCCCGGCGCCGGCGGCGUCUGGCGCGUCCACCAUCUCCAUGAACGGCGCCAAGGCUGCCGCGGCGGUCGCCACAGGAAUGGCCUUGGCCUUCUUUGCCAUGUGA